AAUGAAAAGAACUUGAAUACGUACAUGUAGUGUUUUUAUCUCAUUUGACACUUGCUUGCAAUGGAGUAUAUGAAUGUUACAGUUCUUCUGAAGUUUCUAUUUUGUUUUCAUUUGAUUUCGUUUCACAAUGUUGCAGGGUUUUUGGGAGAAAUGUGUAAAAUAGACGUGUACGAUGUUCAUUUCUUUGGAAAGAGUAAGAGAGCGGAGUAUUGUGAUCAUGGUUGUUGUCAGUUCGGUGGAAAGACUUCGUGUUGCACCUCUGCCAAUAUUGGGUUGAUAUCUGGCCUGGCGGUGUCCGGGAUAGCUCUGAUGUCCAUAGCUAUACUGUAUUUAUAUUGCUGUUAUUGGAAAAAGCAACAGAGAAAAUAUCCAGCCGUCAUUCAGCUACCAACUAACUUUAUAAACAUACAAGAAGAUGCCAAAGUACAUGUAGUUAAUCCACCAGAAUACACUCCAGAAGAUUGUCCGCCGAGUUAUGAAGAAGUCAUCAGGGGAGACAACCACAAUACACGUGUUCAAGUGACUAUUCGACAGUGAAUUUGUGCAGACUAUUGGAAAUGAAUCCAUGACACAUUGUCAGUGGUAGUUUUAUGGUGGAGCUUAACGGUAACGAUUCUAUGUCGGACAUAGCCCGAACAAUGGUGUUUCUUCUGUGAGGUGAUGGGUUCAUAAAAGUUUGAUCUUGGGGUUCGGGGAGGGGGGGUGGGAACCAUAAUAGAGAGGAGUUUCUCUGAGGUGAAGCCCGAACUCCUUUUAGACACAAAGUCUAGAGGCUUCCAGAGGCCAUAACCGAUUUCAGAUUGGCUGAGAUGAUUUGAGAAACAAAAAGGAUUAAUUUUCACUUUCAGGGAGUCUGAGGUGGGAGGGGGGCAUGGCCCAUAAACUACAGACUACAAACACCACUGCUUACUGGCUACUGUGCUUACUUUCUAGAGAGUAAACAAUAACUUAUGAUUAUUUAA